AUGGAGGCGACUUCUGCUCGCAUGGCCUCACGGAGCCACUUCGAGGGGUUUGCGCCUCCGAAGAACACCCUCCAGCGGUUCAUCUUCAACGCCUGCGACCCCAUCUCGAACUACGAGCCUAACCUGGCGCUGAACCUCGAGAUCGUCGACCUCAUAAAUCAGAAGAAAGGCACCGCUCCUCGAGAAGCUGCCUCCACCAUAGUGCAGCUCAUCAAUCACCGAAAUCCCAAUGUCUCCCUGCUUGCGAUCUCCCUACUCGACAUAUGUGUCAAGAACUGUGGCUACCCAUUCCACUUGCAAAUAAGUACCAAAGAGUUUCUCAAUGAGCUGGUCCGUCGCUUCCCCGAGCGACCACCGUUAAGGCCUAGUCGAGUCCAGGGUAAGAUCCUGGAAGCCAUCGAAGAAUGGAGGAGCACGAUAUGUCAGACUUCUCGAUACAAAGAUGACCUGGGCUUCAUCCGGGACAUGCACAGGCUGCUUUUGUACAAAGGCUACAUGUUUCCUGAAGUUCGGAGGGAUGAUGCCGCUGUUCUGAACCCAAGCGACAAUCUUCAGUCCGCCGAGGAGAUGGAACGGGAAGAGCGCGAAGCGCAGUCUGCCAAACUGCAAGAGCUGAUUCGGAGAGGUACCCCAGCGGAUCUCCAGGAAGCCAACAGGCUCAUGAAGGUUAUGGCGGGUUACGAUACUCGAAACAAGACCGACUAUCGCGCCAAAGCCGCUGAAGAAGUUAUCAAGGUGCAGCACAAAGCCAAAAUCCUGGAGGAGAUGCUGCAAAAUCAUAAAGAAGGAGAGAAGAUUGGUGACGGCGAUGUGUUUGAGGCAAGUAUCCGCGCAUACUUCCCGCCUGGACUCGCUAACAACAUACAGGAACUUGCUUCAGCCCUCGCAAGUGCUCAUCCCAAGAUUCAGAGGAUGUGCGAGGAAGAGUCAGAUGAUGCCGAGGCAGUCGCGAAAUUGUUUGAGAUCAACGACAGCAUACACCGGACGAUCGAACGCUAUAGGCUCAUGAAAGCUGGCAAUGUCGCCGAAGCCAACAAAAUUGCGAAAGGCACGCUCGGAACUACCUUUGGCGUUGGCAAGAACGCCGCUAACGAGCUCUCACUUAUCGACUUUGACCCUGAACCGUCACAACCCGAAGGAAACGAGGCCGCGAAUGGCUCCUUGCUCGACUCCGGUGCAGCCGCAGCACCUACCGCAGCUGCUAAGACCAGUGUCGAAGACGACUUGCUGGGCUUGUCACUCGAUCCUGGCCCAGGCCAAGGCUUGAUCUCACUAGGUCCUACCACAGGUAGUCAAGGACCUUCAAAUAUCUUCGCUGGCUCCCAACAGCCUCCUCCACCUGAACAACAACUAUCAGCAUUCUCCUCGCCAGUCGCCUCACCCCCUCCACCGCAGCCGCAAGCCUCACCCAGACCCAACUACGACGCAUUUGCCUCACUUACCAGCGCACUACCAUCAUCUAAACCCUCCACACCCCAACCAAGUCUCCAGCAGCAGCAGAAGCAGGCACCAAUUGAUCCUUUCGCCGCCCUCGUUUCGGCAAGCUCACGGUCCACUACUCCAUCUGGCUCUCGCAACGUCUCACAGGCGGCACCACCUCAAAAUAACCAAGCUUCACUUCUCAGCCUCGCGUCUCAGCCUCCGGCCCCUCCUCCGGCCGCUCCGGCCGCGACCGACGAUGAGUGGAAUUUCGCAUCCGCCCUUCCGAGCGAACCCGAAUCUUCCACAAUUCAAGUACACUCGUCCCAACGUGGCAUUAGUGUCGCGUUCCAUUCGAAGCGUCAAGCCUCCAACAACGCCAACAUCCACAUCACGGCCUCGUUCAGCAACACUUCGGCUCAAGUCAUCACCGGUCUGCAUUUCCAGGCGGCAGUCGAAAAGGCAUAUUCACUGCAGAUGCGGCCGCAGUCGAGCCGCGAGCUACCAGCUGGAAAGCAGAACGCGGUCCAGCAGGAGAUUCUGCUGAGUGGGGUCCCGAUAGGAGCCGGAGGAAAGGCGAAGAUGCGUUUCAAGGUUUCGUACGCGGCAGGCGGCCAGCCUGUAGAGGAGCAAGGAAGCGUACCAAGCCUGGGAAUUCAGUGA